GGCAAAGAAACAAGCCCACCAGACGCAACUGCAGACUCCUGCCUCCUGCAAGAAGCCACGGAUCAGCAGAAACAGAAAAUGGCCCGCCCCGGCCUCCUGCUGUGCUUGCUCUCCGCAUCUGUUCUCCCUCUGCUGGGCGAGAGCUCCGCCUUCCUGUCGCACCACCGCCUGAAAGGCAGGUUUCAGAGGGACCGCAGAAACAUCCGCCCCAACAUCAUCCUGGUGCUCACGGACGACCAGGACGUCGAGCUCGGCUCCAUGCAGGUGAUGAACAAGACGCGGCGCAUCAUGGAGCAGGGCGGCGCGCACUUCGUCAACGCCUUCGUGACCACUCCCAUGUGCUGCCCGUCGCGGUCCUCGCUGCUCACCGGCAAGUACGUCCACAACCACAACACCUACACCAACAACGAGAACUGCUCGUCGCCGUCCUGGCAGGCGCAGCACGAGAGCCGCACCUUCGCCGCCUACCUCAACAGCACGGGCUACCGCACAGCUUUCUUCGGGAAGUACCUGAAUGAAUAUAAUGGCUCCUACGUGCCACCGGGCUGGAAGGAGUGGGUCGGCCUCCUUAAAAACUCCCGAUUUUAUAACUACACGCUCUGUCGGAACGGGGUGAAGGAGAAGCAUGGCUUUGACUACUCCAAGGAUUACCUGACAGACCUCAUCACCAACGACAGCGUGAGCUUCUUCCGCACGUCCAAGAAGAUGUACCCGCACAGGCCCGUGCUAAUGGUCAUCAGCCACGCGGCGCCCCACGGCCCCGAGGACUCGGCCCCCCAGUACUCACGCCUCUUCCCCAACGCGUCCCAGCACAUCACGCCGAGCUACAACUACGCACCCAACCCCGACAAGCACUGGAUCAUGCGCUACACGGGGCCCAUGAAGCCCAUCCACAUGGAAUUCACCAACAUGCUCCAGCGGAAGCGCCUGCAGACCCUCAUGUCCGUGGACGACUCCAUGGAGACGAUUUACAACAUGCUGGUGGAGACGGGCGAGCUGGACAACACCUACAUCGUCUACACUGCUGACCACGGCUACCACAUCGGCCAGUUCGGCCUGGUGAAGGGGAAGUCCAUGCCGUACGAGUUCGACAUCAGGGUCCCAUUCUAUGUGCGGGGCCCCAAUGUGGAGGCUGGCUCGCUGAAUCCCCACAUCGUCCUCAACAUCGACCUGGCCCCCACCAUCCUGGACAUCGCAGGUCUGGACAUCCCCUCGGAUAUGGAUGGGAAAUCCAUCCUGAAGCUGCUGGACACGGAGAGGCCGAUGAAUCGGUUUCACUUGAAAAAGAAGAUGAGGGUCUGGCGGGACUCCUUCCUAGUAGAAAGAGGCAAACUGCUCCACAAGAGGGACAGUGACAAGGCAGAUGCCCAGGAGAACUUUCUGCCCAAGUACCAGCGCGUGAAAGACCUGUGCCAGCGGGCUGAAUACCAGACCGCAUGUGAGCAGCUGGGACAGAAGUGGCAGUGUGUGGAGGACGCCACAGGGACGCUGAAGCUGCACAAGUGUAAGGGCCCAGCACGGCCCAGCGGCAAAGCCCUGUCCAACCUGGUGCCCAAGUACUACGGGCAGGGCGGCGAGGCCUGCACCUGUGACAGUGGCGGGGACGACCAGCUCAGCCCAGCCGGACGCCGGAGAAAGUUCUUCAAGAAGUACAAGGCCAGCUAUGCCCGUAAUCGCUCCAUCCGCUCUGUGGCCAUCGAGGUGGACGGCCAGGUGCACCACAUAAGUCUGGAUGAGGCAUCCCAGCCCCGCAACCUUACCAAGCGGCACUGGCCAGGGGCCCCUGAGGACCAAGACGACAAGGACGGUGGGGACUUCAGUGGCACUGGAGGCCUUCCGGAUUCUUCAGCCCCCAACCCCAUUAAAGUCACACAUCGGUGCUACAUCCUAGAGAAUGACACGGUCCAGUGUGACCUGGAUCUGUACAAGUCCCUGCAGGCCUGGAAAGACCACAAGCUGCACAUCGACCAUGAGAUUGAAACCCUGCAGAACAAAAUUAAGAACCUGAGGGAAGUCCGAGGUCACCUGAAGAAAAAGCGGCCAGAAGAAUGUGAUUGUCACAAAAUCAGUUACCACACCCAGCACAAAGGCCGCCUCAAGCACAAAGGCUCCAGUCUGCAUCCUUUCAGGAAGGGGCUGCAGGAGAAGGACAAGGUGUGGCUCUUGCGGGAGCAGAAGCGCAAGAAGAAACUUCGGAAGCUGCUCAAGCGACUACAGAACAACGACACGUGCAGCAUGCCGGGCCUCACGUGCUUCACUCACGACAACCAGCACUGGCAGACCGCGCCUCUCUGGACAUUGGGGCCCUUCUGUGCCUGCACCAGCGCCAACAACAACACAUACUGGUGCAUGAGGACAAUCAACGAGACCCACAAUUUCCUCUUCUGUGAAUUUGCAACCGGCUUCCUCGAGUACUUUGAUCUCAACACAGACCCCUACCAGCUGAUGAAUGCGGUGAAUACACUGGACAGGGAUGUCCUCAACCAGCUACAUGUACAGCUCAUGGAGCUAAGGAGUUGUAAGGGUUACAAGCAGUGUAACCCCCGGACGCGCAACAUGGACCUGGGACUUAAAGAUGGAGGAAGCUAUGAGCAAUACAGGCAGUUUCAGCGUCGAAAGUGGCCAGAAAUGAAGAGACCUUCUUCCAAAUCACUGGGACAACUGUGGGAAGGCUGGGAAGGUUAAGCAGCACAAGAUGGACCUCCCAAAACAGAGGCAUCAUCUGACCAUCCAGACAAUGCAAAACCCUGUAUGAUUUCAGGCAGACCUAUGCUGUUAGCCAGGAGACCUGAGACACACAGAACUUGCUUUCAGUCAACACGGCAAAUUCUGGAAGAGAACUACCAGGAAUAGUGAUACUUCAGAAAACCCAUUUUUGCCCCUGCUUUUGCUUUGGAUUGUACCUCACCAGCUGCACAAAAUGCAUUUUCAUAUCAAAAAGUCACCACUAACCCUCUCCGAGAGGCUCACAAGGGAAAAAGAAGAGAUUUUUUUAAUUUCCCCAAAGGGUGGAAAGUCACUGGAAUUUUUUAAAUCAUAGGGGAAGAACCACCCCAACCCUGUUUUAAAUCCUCUUACCUUUUGGUCUGUCAUGAAGAAUGAGCUAAGAGGUGGACGGAGGCAGCAUGCAGGUGCUGGAAGUGGUGCCCAGUUGGACAGCGAGUCAACAGCACAGAGAAGUAGCACUCACCUGGCACUAGAACCCUGGCUGCCUCUGAAGAAACUGACUUCACUGUAAAUAUGUGACUAUUUACAUGUAACCAGCGUGGGAACUUUUAGAGGGACCUGACUAAUAAGAAACCCAGUUUUGAAGAGUGGUGGUGUCAAUAAACGCUGUGGCCAGUGUAAGAGAAAAGCCCUUGCAGGUGUGGACAUUUAUGUUCCUGACCAGGUACCAUUGCUGCCAGUAUUCCUGUGUUAUCUGUCCCAGAACUAAUGUUUUCUAAGUACCGAAAAGACAUAAAGUUAGUGUACAUCCCACGUUUUAAUGAAAUUGUAUUUGUAAAGAGAUUUUGUAGUCUAAGUAUUGUCAUACAAUGUUCAAAACCCCAGCCAAUGACCACCAGCAGUUGGUAUGAGGUAACCUUUGACAUUUUGUAAAAGGCCAUUCUUGGGA